UAAAUAUUUUGAAUCAGAGUUCCCUUGAAGCUUCUCUCUGACGUCGGCUGCAUCAUACGGAUCAGUUCUGUUUCGCUUCUGGUCAAGGAAGCUUUUGCAUUUUAGUAUUCUCCGAAAUCUAAUCAAUCGCCUAUUUGGCGAGGAUGGCGAUAUUUAUGUAACACGUAAUUCUUCAUUUCUGCAUUUUAAGAUAGCUAAAGAACCAAGUAUCCCUUUUUAAUUUUCAUCGCCAAUAUUUUCUACAUCCUAGACACUUCUAACGAUCGAAAUCGUUAUUUUCCACGAUAAUGUCCAAUUGUCCGCACAAUAUCGAAGACAAGGACGGUCAACAGGUAAAAAGCGGAGCAAGUCUUUCGUUAAAGAUGCAACGAAGCUUCAAAAAAGUGAGGAGAAGCAUUCAAAAGAUGACUGAAUCUUCGACAACUGUACAACCUCACUGCGUUUUCGUAGAGAACAUGCACGAUGACGAGAAGCAACCGCCGUACAUAUUUCCGGAACGUCUCUCCUCUUUAACAUGCAAAACGGGAUUCUCGAAGGGUGAAAUACAAAAGCUCUAUCGGGCUUUCAAACAGUAUUGCCCUAGAGGGACCGUGACCACGAACGAUCUGAAACCGGCUUACGCAAAAUUGUUCCCGUUAGGAGAUCCGGCCAGAUACACGCAGAUCGUUUUCAAUACCUUCGAUAGGGAUGGGGAUGGUAUCGUUAGCUUCCAAGAUCUCGUCACCGAAAUAGCUUUGAUCACCAAUGGGAAUCUGGACCAGAAACUCUCCUGGAUCUUCAGUUUUUACGACCUAAACGGGGACGGUUAUAUCACGAGAAAGGAAAUGCUGGUUAUAAUAUCAGCGACUUACGAGAUGCUCCAUAACAGUAAAGUUGCGCAGCGAGUGGUCGACAAACACGUAGACAUGGUUUUCAAGAAGAUGGACAUUGAUAAGGAUGGAGUCAUAUCUCGCGAAGAAUUUAUGAACAGCUGUAAAAAUGAUUCUGUAAUUCAAAGUCAACUGGCAUUAUUCGAUCACUUUUGGUGAUGAAAUAUACAAACCAUGCUAAGAUCUCUAAACUGCAUUAAUAUAUUUAAAAAUGCAACCCUGGUAUUCUUCUGCUUCCCGAAU